AUGUACCCAUUUCCACGUUUACCACGUUCACAAAGCUUUAGAGGUACAUCGAAUGGACCUUCACGAAUUUCAACAUCCGACGGUCAACCUUGGAUGUCAACACAAUACUUCAAGUUCAAGUUGAUUACAGAUGAUAGUAUCGAUGUAGUAGCUAAUAUGUUUUUACAAGAUAUGAUACCAGAAGGUCGACAACCAAUUAAAUACGAUUUUAUGUCAGCUGCUACUCGAAGCUUACCAUAUGGACGUGUAGGAGAUAGAGAGAUGAUCAUGGUGAUGAAGAUUGAACGUGUAUCAUUAUCCUCAUUGACAUUGGAUUCUUCAAGUGGAGAUGAAUUAGAUUCUUCUCAAAAUACAAUUGCAUUUGAAUGUUCUUCGGCCAGUGAACCAACAAAUGGACCAGAAAUAAGUGAUGUUAGCAAAAAUGAUGCCAACGAACUUGAACAAGAAUUUGAUGGCCCUAACCAAUUUAAUCAACAACCUCCUUUCGUUGGUCACAACCAUCAUAUUGGAUCUUUUCAACAACAUUCUCAUUACAUUGGGCAUGUUCAGCAUCCUCAAUUAAAUGGACCAACUCAGCAACCACUUAUUUUGAAUGGACCUCACUACCCUCGUACCGACUCUCUUAUUAAUGGACCUGACCAACUUCCUCAAAUCGCUGAGAUAAACAAUAUUAAUGAUAUAAAUAAUAUUCCACCUGCGACUAAUCAGCACAUUCAAUACCCUAAUCAUCAAGCCACAAAUUCAGUUAGAAAUUACUCGAUUCAACCCCCGUUGACUCCCGUACAAGCCAACAUCCAAAUCAAUAAUAACCUCCAAAGACAACAAUCAUUCACGUCUCAAACCUCAAAUACGACUAAUCAACACUUACAAGACUUUAGAAAUUGUAAUUGUCAA